AUGGCUACGGAAGUUGCUCUCGAAACCACUGUCGGCACAAUCACCGUCGAGCUGUACACGACCCACGCACCAAAGACCUGCACCAACUUCUCCACGCUUGCCCAGCGCAACUACUUUGAUGGCCUCAUCUUCCACCGCAUUAUACCAAACUUCAUGAUCCAAGGCGGUGACCCCACUGGAACUGGUCGUGGCGGUGCCUCCAUCUAUGGCGAGAAGUUUGAGGACGAGAUUUCCCCGGCACUCAAACACACCGGCGCGGGUAUUUUGAGCAUGGCGAACUCGGGCCCGAAUACUAACGGAAGUCAAUUCUUCAUCACGCUGGCGCCGACACCCUGGCUUGAUGGAAAGCACACGAUCUUUGGACGGGUGAAGAGCGGGUUACAGAUUGUGAAGAAAUUGGGGCUAGUGAAGACAGACAAGGAGGAUAGGCCAGUCGAAGAAGUCAAGAUUGUGAGGGCCUACGUUGUGGACAAGGCGGAUGCCAUCUGA